AUGGUUUGUGCUUCUAGUAAGCGUCACGAUGAGUUACAAAAGGCGAAGGCAAUUGAGAUUAAAGAAUUAUUGGAGUUGGGUGAAAUCAAAUCGGGAAAAGGAAAAAACCAGGUCGGGACGUUAAGAAGGGUCGGGGAUACACGUUGGGGUUCCCAUUAUAAUUCCAUUUGUAGUUUGAUUAACAUGUUUGGUGUCACUCGGGCUUUUCUCAAGGGAAUAAUGGAGGACAAAACUAAUAAUACCCAGGUGAUGCAAAAGACUGAUGCACUUUCUCAAGGAUUACAAAAGAAAUCCCAAGACAUCCUUAAUGCAAUGGAGUCAGUUUCAGCCACAAAGCCCGAUAUGAAGGCUCCAUAUAAAUCUACUCGGUAUCGGCCUCGUAAAAAUGAUCUUCAUGUUACAUUUGAACAUUUUUACCGAGUAGAUUUGUUUAUGGAGACAUUGGAUAAGCAAAUACAUGAGAUAGAUUGUAGAUUCAGUGAGCAUAAAGUAGAGUUGUUAUCUCUUGGUGCGACUUUAUGCUCAAAACAGAUUAAUAUUGGUGACAUUGUUCUUCUUGUUGAGAAAUAUUAUCCUAUCGACUUUACUGAGCAAGAGAGAAAUCAAUUAAGAUGUCAAUUGGAGACUUUUCAAGUUGAAAGGAUAAAUAAUGCCAAGCUAAGUAAGGUACCAACCCUUUCUGAUCUCUGCCAAACUCUUGUAGAAACUGGAAAAAAUAGUAUGUACGAUUUGGUUGAAAGAGUGUGUCGCCUACUCUUGACACUUCCGGUUUCGACUGAAACAACAGAGAGGGGAAUUUCGACAAUGAAGAUAUUCAAGACUCGCCUACGUAAUAAGAUGUCCGAUGACAAUCUAGCAAACAGUAUGGUGAUUUACAUAGAAAAAGAAAUUGCUAGCAAGUUUGAUGCGGAGUCCAUAAUUGAAGAAUUCAAGGUUCUUAAAGGUCGAAAGGCUAAACUUUAA